AUGAAGAUAUCUCUCACCUUGUUUGUCGUGGCUAUCUUUGCUGUGGUUCCGUUGGGGUGCUGUGCACCACUCGAGAGAGGUAACAAGAGUGAGACCGGCCCAAAAGGACGGACUACCGAGCCAGCAACAGCCCAGAAGGACGUUCCAGAGCCCGAACCAUCCGAAAAAUACCUACCCUACCUCGUCCUCUUCAAAGACUCCGAAAAUCGACCAUGGGAGACCAUCCUCGCCAACAUGGGCUUUGGUGCAGCGGUUAAAGAGAGCAAGCAUCCUAAACGAGGGCCAUUGGCAUCAAGAGCAUUAGACCAGGGUGACUCGCAGUACUUCACGACUCCCAACGGGCGCCAGCUGCAUGCGUUCGGAGGCGGGGAGGGGACUAUGAGAGUUUUGAAAAUGAAUAUGACGCUGCCCGAAGUCGAACGUGUUAAACUAUUGGAAUAUGUUGAGUUUGUCGAACAGAACAAGAGAAUUCCGGUAUUCGAACCCCCUCCGGAGGAUAACCCUGGAGUCAAACCUUCUCUAGGACUGAUUCGUCCCGCUACAGUCCCAUAUAUUAACGCCCCCGGGUUUGAGUGCCGCCGUAGGGGGUUUGAUGGGCGUGAUCUUCCAAUAAUUGAACAAUGUGGCGCUCCUUGGGGACUUUAUAGAAUUUCGUCUUAUGAGCCUCCAGUGUUUACAAGUUCGGCUUCGGAACAAGCUUCGUUAUCAUACACUUACAGGUUUCGUGAGGGUGCGGGUAUUGGGGUUGAUAUAUAUAUUCUUGAUACGUCGCUCAAUGAAAACCAUCCUGAUUUUGAGGGAAGAGCGAGGCUCUUGUGGAUUCCCACUGACGUGGAUGAUAACCCGGAUAUGGCAUUGCACGGGACACAUGUUGCUGGAAUUGCUGCCAGUAGAACCUUUGGGGUCGCAAAAGGCGCCAUGAUAUAUGGAGUUGCGGUGAUAGUGGGAGACGAUAUACUUGAUGAGGAUAUUUACGGCGGCGGGAAUGCCAUUCUUCGUCAUCAUCGCGGUCGUCGUGAUAGCCCUGGCUUUGCGGGUUCUAUCGUCAAUAUAUCUGCAGGUGUGGAUGAGGGCUGGCCCGCUAUAGAAAUAAUGGUGGGGCGGUUUCUCAGGGAAGGUAUACAUGUUACCGUUUCCGCAGGCAACAGGAACAAGGAUGCCUGUGGAGCUAGCCCUGCUGGAAUGUCGCGAAUAUUCCCCGUGAUUACUACUGGUGCUAUAGCUUUUGACGACCAGCGUCAUCCCCGCACAAGCUGGGGGCGCUGUGUGGACAUAUAUGCACCAGGGACCAACAUUGCGAGCUUGUCUAGUACAUCAAACACCGUUCCGGCAGUCCUGAGUGGAACAUCGAUGGCAGUGCCCCACGUGGCGGGAGUGAUGGCAGCUGAGCUGACUUUUCGUCCUGAGUUUAAAUUUGAUCCCUCAGGUCUGAAGCGUUUCAUCUUAGAUAGGGCGAUAAAGGGUGGGGUAAAGUUAAAGCGAAGCAAGGAGGAUGAGAAGGUAGUUGGAGGAAGAUUGCUGCUGAACAAUGCCUCACCGGGGCCUCCUGUGCAGAUUUCGCCAGCCAGAUCGUUUCUGCCAGAUGGAGGAUUUUAG